UGGAUCGUUUGGAACGGCAGCGUGUCUGGUGACGGUGCCGCCGUCCGUCUGGGUAUCGUCGACGGCGGCUUGUGCGCGGGUGUCGAAGCGAGGAGGGAGACGAGAGGAGCUGGGGGAGAGAUGGAGGCGCUAAGGAAGCAGGCGAACAAGUUCAAGGAGCAGGUCGCCAAGCAGCAGCAGGCUGUUAUAAAGCAGUUCAGUACUACUGGUUAUGAGCGCUCAGAUUCUGUUGUAAUUGAUGAGGUUGAACUACAGAGACAUCAACAGCUCGAUAAAUUGUAUAGCUCUACUCGUUCUGGAAGGGAUUUCCAGAAGGACAUUGUUAGAGCUGGUGAAGGUUUGGUAUCUAUUGGAAACAAGCAUAUUGAAGUGGGAACAAAAUUUUCAGAGGACUGCUAUAGAUAUGGAGGUGAAAAUAGUGCAAGCGAUGAGGCCCUUGCAAAAGCAGCAUCAUUAUAUGGAGGUGCUUUGAGAAAUAUUGAGAAAGAGUAUGAAGAUUUCAACAGAACUUUAUCUUCCCAGACUAUAGACCCAUUGAGGGCAAUGUCUAUGGGUGCACCCCUGGAAGAUGCUCGCGGUCUUGCACAGCGUUAUAGCCGGAUGAGGCAUGAAGCUGAGAUCCUUUCUGCUGAAAUUGCUAGAAGAAAGGCACGGGUCAGAGAAGCUCCAAUUCCGGAGCACACUACAAAGCUUCAACAGUCUGAAGCUAAAAUGAUAGAGCACAAAGCAAGCAUGGCUGUGUUAGGAAAGGAAGCAGCAGCGGCGCUUGCGGCUGUUGAAUCUCAGCAGCAACGGGUAACCCUUCAGCGGCUGGUUGGCAUGGUAGAAGCAGAAAAAUUAUUCCAUCUGAGGUUAGCUGCAAUACUUGAUGACGUUGAGGCUGAGAUGUCCUCUGAGAAGCAGAAGAGAGAAUCGGCACCGCCUAUUAUAUCUUCGCAUAAGCGUGCUGAGAAAGCCCAAUACUUCCUUGCUGAGGCAGUGCAUAACUUCAAUGGAACGACAGAGAAGGAACUUAGCUUAAUUGUUGGUGAUUAUGUUGUUGUUCGUCAGAUUGCUCCCAAUGGUUGGGCCGAAGGAGAAUGCCGAGGGAAGGCCGGGUGGUUCCCAGCUGCCUAUGUUGAGCGGCGCGAAAAUAUCCCCCCAAAUAAAGUUUUCCCGCAAGCAUAAGAUGGUAAGCAGGUCGAUCUGUUUCCACUGUGCAGUGCUUGCUGGUAGCAAAUGGCAUUCCAUGAAGCUUUGGCAUUAGGGGAGCUGUAAGCCUGUAUGUAACUUGUGACCGGUUUGAUGCUUGUAUCUUGUACAUCUUAUAUUCUUGUGGUUGUCUAGACUUUAGAUAAGACCUGUCUGCGCACGGGGCCUGCGCGCACACUGAAGAUGCGGCUUUGCAUAUGUAUAACUAUCAUCGAUGUAUCUAUCAUGUGCUCGCCGGCAGCAUAGGUCGUAGACUCAGCUUGUCCCUUCCUCUGCUACUGACGCCUUUCGAAUGUAAAGUGAUUCUUGCCCCUUUUUGUUUUGGCUAUGCAUCAGUAGUUCGUUCUGCUA